UUCCCGAAUCUGGAAUAAUCGCAUCUGAAGGGUGACCGGGUACCGGCGCACACGCAUAACAAAGAGUGGAGACUGGAGAAUAACCAAAAACACGAGCCAAGGUCCCACAAAACUCACAACCGAAAUAACCAGUAUUUCACCAAAACGUGAUGAACCAAAGCACACACCAGCCAAAACCCUAAACCCUAAAAAUCGAUGCCCCAAAUUCGUAGUAUCCCAAAUGCAGCUCUCAGCUGCAAUCAGCGACGUCUUGGCGGUGCUUCCGCCUUCUGGGUCGCUCCGGCUACCGGACCUCCGCCACCUGCAUGCUUUCCCUGUUUCUGAUGCCAAAAAUUUUCUUUGCCGCCAAUUUUUUAUUAAAAAAUUCUCUGGUAAAACAUUUGAAAAUGAUUGCAUUACAAAGCAUUCUAAAAAUGCAAGUACCGACCGAGCACUAGAUUUGCUGACCGGAAUGAAUAGAUUGACGGCGAAGCCAUCGAAAUCUGUUCUUUGUACUGCGCUUAGUUCUUGCGCGAAAGCCCGGAAUUGGCACUUGGGUCUACAAAUCCAUGCCUAUUUGGUUCGAUCCGGAUAUGAAGAUAAUUUGUUCCUUAGUAGCGCGCUUGUUGAUUUCUAUGCAAAAUGUUUUGCCAUUGUGGAUGCUAGGAAGGUAUUUCGUGCCAUGAAAGUACAUGAUCAGGUGUCGUGGACUUCGCUUAUUGCUGGAUUCUCAGCAAACGGACAAGGGAGAGAUGCUUUCUUGUUGUUCAAAGAGAUGUUAGGCACCCACAUUAAGCCCAAUUGUUUUACCUUGACGAGUGUCAUUAGUGCAUGUGUGGGGCAAAAGGAUGCCCUUCAACAUUGUUCAACUCUUCAUGCUCAUGUCGUCAAACGGGGAUUUCGUACUAGCAAUUUUGUGAUCUGCUCACUAGUUGAUUGUUAUGCAAACUGUAAACAGAUUGAUGAUUCUUUAUUGUUAUUGAAUGAAACUAGUGAGAAGGAUACUAUUGUAUACAAUUCAAUGAUCUCUGCAUAUUCUCAAAACCUGUGCAGUGGAGAUGCGCUGCAACUAUUUGUAGAAAUGCGGCAAAAAAAAUUCAGUCCUACUGAUCAUACUUUAUGUACCAUAUUAAAUGCUUGCAGCAGCCUCGCGUCACUUAUUGAAGGAAGACAAGUGCACUCUCUUGUUAUUAAAAUGGGUUCUGAAAGGAAUGUGUUUGUGGCCAGUGCUCUGGUUGAUAUGUAUUCUAAGGGUGGUGACAUUGAUGAGGCUCGAUUUGUGUUGGAUCAGACUUCUGUGAAGAAUAAUGUGCUGUGGACAACCAUGAUCAUGGGUUAUGCUCAAAGUGGGAGAGGGUUAGAGGCUUUGGAGCUUUUUGAUCGUUUAUUAACUGAGCGAGAGUUAACUCCUGAUCAUAUCUAUUUUACUGCUAUCUUAACAGCUUGUAACCAUGCAGGAUUUCUUGAAAAAGGGGUAGAAUACUUCAAUAUGAUGAGAACAAAUUAUGGGUUGUUUCCUGAUAUUGAUCAAUAUGCUUGCUUGGUUGAUCUUCAUGCUAGAAAGGGAAAUCUAAGGAAGGCUAGGGAUUUAAUGGAAGAAAUGCCUUAUGAUCCAAAUUAUGUAAUCUGGAGUUCCUUCUUGAGCUCUUGUAAGGAUUAUGGAGAUGUAGAGCUUGGAAAGGAGGCUUUUGAUCAACUCAUUAAGAUGGAACCAUGUAACGCAGCACCAUACUUAACACUAGCACAUAUCUAUGCAUCUGAAGGUUUAUGGAAUGAAGUAGCUGAAGUCAGAAGCCUUAUGCAACAAAGGAAAAUAAGAAAACCUGCAGGAUGGAGCUGGGUAGAGAAUUAACAGUUUCAUCAUUCACUUCGCAGCCAGUAAGAGACUCUAGAGAGAAGCAGAUACAGCUAUGGAAAGAGCUUAUUUUAGACUAGUGUAAAACCCAGAAGAUAUUUGUGAUCAAGCUUGAAGAAGAAUUUGCUCUAUUAACAAAUCCUAUAAUUGAAAAUGAUGGGUUGAAGUCUAACAUAGCUAAAGCUUGUAAGGGGAAUGGUGGCGGAGUUAAUUUUGUACUCAUUCCUACCUUGUGCAUAUCCUUGGGCUUGUUGACAAUGGAAAGAAGCCUGCAAGGGUUACAUACUUACAUGUAUAUAUGAAGUGAUGGAUAGGGCUAAGGAGGCCAUUGGAAGCUUUGGACAACAUGCUCCUAAUUUGAUGACACUUGCUAUUAAAGUGCUUAGCUUGACUUGUAGUUCUUCAAGUUCUGAGGGAAACUGGAGCAUUUUUUAGCAUAUUCAUUCGAGGAAGAGGAGUCAUCUUGAGCAUAAUAAGUUACAAGACUUGGUUUAUGUUAAAUAUAACCAAGUUCUUAAAGAACGAUUUUGAUUGUUGUGAUGCCAUUGACCCCAUUGUCCUAGAUGGUAUUGAUGAUAUUAACGAGUAGUUGGUGGGACAAAUGGGUGGAGAUGGGAAGAUGCUGAAAAUGAUUUGGUUUUUGAGGAUGAUAACUAAACUUGGGUGAGAUGUUGCCAAUAUGGCAGGUGUUCAUGAGCCCUUGACAUAUAUUAGGCGGAAAAUUAGAGGGUAAAUUGAUAUUGCCCCUACAUCUACUAGGCCUUCAUCUUCUAGAGUGAGGGGAAAAGGGAGAGCCAAGGAACUGAUGAUAGAAGAAGUUGAUGAAGAAACAACAAGUGAAAAUGAAACUGAAUAAGAAGUGGAGGAAGAGAUCUACAACUUCAACACAAGUGAAAGUGAAAAAGAUACGGAGGAGCCAGUUCUUCAAGAUGAAAAUUAAUUCUUUCUUAUGUAACUACCAGCUAGGAACUCUUAUUUCAAGGUUAUGUUUUGUAACUUUAAGCCUAAGAGGCUUGAACUUCCAUCAAGACUAAUGACUUUUAUUGUUAUCAUGAAUGUUAUGAAUUUUAGGUAACAUUUAUCAUUUUUUAGUAUUUAUAUGCAU